UAGUGCUAGAGAGAGCCACAACUUGCUGCUGGCAAUGGCAUCCGCCGCUUGCAACGAGUCUCCUAGCCCGUCCAUGGGGUCAAAUGCUCCGGCAGGGGCCACUGAUGAUGAGGCCAAAGCAUUGGCAGCCAAAUGCCGAUGCGAAUGCCAGCCGCCGCCAAGGGAUCUGCGGAACAAGGAAGAAGAAGAUGCUAGGACGGGGUUGGUGGCCAUUGAGUGGAUCAUGCACCCACGGCUGCUAGCAGCGGCAUCCAAUGGUAAAUGGGGAGAACUAAAUUUCCUUCUCAACAGGGAAGAUGCGCAAGCCCAAGAUAGCUCGAUGCAUGACCAGCUAGAGGAAUGUAGCUUCACCGACCUGGCCCCCCAGGGAGCUAAUAUUGAUGUCGAAGAAGGCUCCCACCUGCCAGCACCACCACUGCCGUCGGCAGCGUCGAUGCUGGACGGCGUCACCUUCUUGGAGAAAGACUCUCUGUUACAUGUGGUGGCUGCCAAUGGGGAUGGCGACAACUUCUUGAAGUGUGCCAAGGUCAUCUACAGCAAAGCCAAGCACCUGCUGCUUGAGCAAAAUAGAAUGGGUGACACGCCCUUGCAUUGUGCUGCCAGGGGUGGGAAUUCCAACAUGGUCUCGCUGCUUAUUCAGCUAGCAAGAGGUGACAACGCAGUUGAGAGGUUACUUCGGAUGGAGAAUGACAAGAAGGAGACGGCUUUGCAUGAGGCCGUCCGUAUUUGUGAUAAUCCUCUCGUGAAGGUGCUACUGAAGGCCGACUCCAAAUUGGCUACGUUUCCUAAACAAGGCACAUCGCCGCUAUACUUGGCUGUCCUGCUUGAGCAGGACGCCAUUGCUCAAACACUGCAUGAUAUGAGCGAAGAUAACAAUAUCUCCUACUCUGGACCAAGUGGGCAAAAUGCCUUGCACGCUGCGGUUCUUCGACGUCCAGGUCUUGCGACGAAGCUGUUGGAAUGGAACAACUCUCUCACCACGAAAAAGGAUGAAAACGGGAGCACUCCUCUCCACUUUGUCAUACUCGGAGAAAGGAGCAUUCCUUUCCAGUUUUUCAGAGAAAGACCGAGAAGGAGACGGCUGGUUAAAGAAUUAUUCCAAGCUAACCGAGGUGCACUUUUCGUGCCGAACGUCAACGGAUUAUUCCCCAUCCAUGUUGCUGCCUCCGUAGACGAUGAAGCGUCCAUCACCAUGUUUGUUGACAAGUGUCCCAGGUGCGCUGGUUUGAGGGACAUCACGGGAAGGACAUUCCUGCAUGUCGCUGUUGAGAAAAGGAGUGACAGGGUACUCAAAUACGCUUUGCAAACUAAGUCGCUAGCUUGGAUUUUGAACAUCCAAGACCAUGGAGGCAAUACUGCACUGCACCUGGCUGUCCAGGCUGAGGAUCUUUUCAUCUUCCUCCGUCUGUUUGAGAAUCCGCGAGUACACUUGAGUUUGACAAAUGCCCAAGGGCAAACUCCUCUGGACAUAGCCGACACCAAGGUUCCCACAGGUCUGUUGUAUUUUCAGAACCCCGAAGUACAGAUAUUGCAGGCACUCCGUAUUUUUGGCGGUACUCAUGGUGCUUCUUGCUUGCAUCAUCACCUUGGGAAAAACUAUGAAGGCAUUCAUCAAGGACCAAAAAUCGUCUGCGAGAAGGAGGAGUUGGAGAAUAUAAAAGAGACAACCGAAAGUCUAUGUAUUGGCUCAGUUCUAAUAGCGACUGUGGCGUUCGGCGCAGCUUUUGCCCUGCCUGGGGGCUACAGACAAGAUGAUGGGACGCCGACCCUUGCUGGGAGGUAUACUUUUCAUGCAUUCGUGAUGGCCAACACAUUUGCCUUCGUUUUCUCCGCGAUGGCUACUGUUGGUCUCAUGUAUUCUGGUUCUCCUGUCUUCAACACAAGGAUCCGCAAAUGGCAUUCGACCCAUGCGUAUUUACUCAUGGAGAUUUCAGUCACAUGCUUGGUUGCUGCCUUCGCUCUUGCUGGGUUUUUGGUGCUGGGUUCAGUUGCUCAUAAGACAGCCCUUGCGAUUUGCUUCAUCAGCCCCUCUGUAGUGCUAUACAACAAUGCAGGAACUUUGUGGAACGUUAUUCGUCUUGCAACCUCAGUUUAUAAGAGAAACGGCCUCCACCAUUUGUCAUUCCUAGUUCACGCAGGUAUGGGGGUGGGGUACACUCCGUUCCUCGCACUUCUGCCUAUCCCGUUCAUUUUUGUUUGGGCCGCAUAUGGAAGGGACCAUUCUAUUUCACCGGCACCAGGUCCAGCGCACUGAGUCCAAAGACGCGGCUAGCUAAAAUCUGGUGAUGGUGAUUGCGAAGAUGGAACAGUAUCUGCACUGAGCAAGCAUUAUUUGUUCUCGCGCUCUGCCUACCUGGGAUUUAUUGUACUACACUCUGCAUUACGGUUCUUCAGCAACUUGUUACAAUUUGACGUGUAUUCUGUUGUGUUAAUAAUUACAUCUUUGUCAUUCGAGCAUUAUAUUGCUGAGCUCAUAAUAAUGCAAACAUAUUUAUCGAA